AUGAAGCGGUCCGUCCCUUCCAUUCUCGCCUCUGCGGCCAAAGUCGCACGUGCAGAGGCCAGGCUCCUUGCGCCGCGGCCACGAGAGCAUGCACAGCCCCUGGAGAUGAGUAGACGGACCCACGCGCUCCCCCGCCUCCAGCACUUUGAGGUGAGCAGGUGCCCCAAAGAACAGCCUGCCGAUGCUGAACCUUCCUCAGAGCCUGAAAUCCAAACAGAGACCGCUCCGCAAUCAGCUCAUCCCGGCCGGCAUUGCCCAGAGAUGGACAGCGCGUGCGCUGAGCAAGAUCUCUCAAGUUGGCAGUGCCCUCGCCUGGAGAAGCUUCUGCCCAAGUGCUUGCAAGAAGAUCGAGGGAUGAUGCAGGCCUGGGACAAGGGUCGCAGACUGGCACAAAGUGUGUCGUUGUCUGGGCCCUGGCCGGGCGAGGCCACGGUGCCUUCCAGAAGCUCCUCGGAGCCACGCAAAGUGGAUUUGGUGAAUGGCCGCUGCAAUUGCCCCAGCGUCCAUGCCUUCUGUGCCCAUCUUCUCGCUGCGACUGUGGCCGCCGAACAAGCCGAUAAAGAG